AUGGAUCCUUUGGAUUAUCUUUCAAUCAGGUUUCAUUUCGGAGGGGAAUUUCACCAUGAUGGUACAGAGUGGCAGUAUUUGGGUGGUACACAUGGCAUGUCCAUGGUUCAUCUGUCAAAAUUGAGCAUCGAAGAACUGAAAAACAAUCUUGCAGACCAUGUUAGAUGUUUAGAGAAAGCACUAAACAACAGUACACUGCAUUGGAAAUUUCCUGGUCUAAUAAGAGAUGGUGCAAUGAGUAGUGCUCUGGUGAUGUUACAUGAUCAAAAAUCAGUGUUAGAGAUGGCAAAACAUGCCACUGAUGCAGGUGUUAUGGACAUAUAUUCCAACAUACCUGAUGACUUUUCACAGGAUGAGUAUCCAGAGGAACAUCAACAUCAUUUAGAGGAGGAACAAGAACUUCAUGGAGAGGACCAGCAGCAACAUGUACAAGAGCAGCAAAAUAAUCCAAAUGCAGAUGAACAUAUAUUAGAACCAGAAGCUUGGCAAUACUCCAAUAUGUAUUACCAGCCUAGCAGUAGCAGUGCUAAAUUGCCAGUGAAGAGAGGUAGCAGCCAAAUGCAGGACAAAGGGAAAUCACAUUUAGAUGAGGAUGAAGAAGUACACACUGAAAGUGAUGGCUCAUCUGACAGUGACUAUGCUAUUCCCCCGGCAGAGAGCAAUAGCUCAGCAUCUGAUGAUGAAGUGCUAGGGUUGAGAAAAUAUGCUAAAGAAUUGAAGGACAAAGUGAGAAAGAACAUGCUGAGAGAAGAGGAGGGAAAACCAUGCAAUGUGCCUGAAGAGUAUAUUGUCCCAGAAACAUUUAAGCUAGAUGAUUCAGAUGGAGAAGACACACCAUACUUUGAAAGUGAUGACGACUUGUCAUAUGAUGAAGGUAGUGAUGGAGAGAUAAGUGAAGUGAGAAGGAGGAAAACAACACACAGAGUUUAUGAUGACAGUACUGACAAACCAGAAUUUGCUCUAGGCAUGGCAUUUCGUGAUAGCAGGGAAUUCAAACAGGUACUGGUUAAGUAUGGGCUAGCAAAUUUCCACCAUUUAAGAUUUCCAAAAGAUGAAAAGAAAAGGGUCAGUGUAGAAUGUUCCUGGCCUGGUUGUCCUUGGAGCAUCUAUGGCUCAAUUAGUAGCAGAUCUGAUUGGUUGUUAGUUGUGAGGUAUGAAAAUGAGCACACAUGUAUUCCUAGGAGGGGCAACAAGCUUGUCACAAGCACGGUCAUUGCCAAAAAGUAUUUCAGACAGAUCAGGCAUAAUCCUACUUGGCAUGUAGAGCAUAUGCAGGAGGCAGUACUUGAGGAUCUUCUAGCCGAUGUUAGCUUGUCCCAGUGCAAGAGAGCAAAAAAGUUAGUCAUGGAAAAGCUCACUAAUUUGACUAAUGGUGAGUAUUCUAGAGUCUAUGACUACCACUUAGAACUAGUGAGAAGCAAUCCUGGAAGCACAGUGGCAGUGACUCUAGAUCCUGAAAUUUUUGACAAGCCAGUUUUCCAAAGAAUGUAUAUUUGUCUUGAUACCUGCAAAAAGGGUUUCCUAGCUGGGUGUAGAAGAGUUGUGGGUCUAGAUGGGUGCUUUCUGAAGGGGUCAGUCUCAGGCCAAAUACUAUGUGCUAUUGGCAGAGAUUCCAACAAUCAGAUGUACCCCAUUGCUUGGGCUACAGUUGAGGUUGAAUCAUAUGACUCAUGGUACUGGUUCCUGUCAUUUCUUCAGAAGGAUCUUCAGAUAAGCAACAAUGGAGAUGGAUGGGUCUUCAUAUCUGACCAACAGAAGGGUCUUAUCAGGGCUGUCAAUGAAAUUGUGCCUGAAGCAGAGCAUAGGAUGUGUGCUAGGCAUAUUUAUGCUAACUGGAGAAAGGUGCACAGAGACAAAAAACUGCAAAAGAUGUUCUGGGCAUGUGCCAAAUCAUCUGAUGUUACUCAAUUUAAUUACAAUAGAGCCAAACUAGCCCAAAAAGUGUGGAAGGAGCUAAAGACAUCCUGA